UGGAGGUAAAGGUGACCUGGUGCCGGCGGCCGGUACGGGGCAGUGGGGAUUCCUUGUGGGCCUUACCCACGUUUGUAUCCUCCGUCCUUAGGGCCGCCGCCACCAUGGGCCGCGAGUUCGGGAAUCUGACGCGGAUGCGGCACGUGAUCUCCUACAGCUUGUCACCCUUUGAGCAGCGCGCCUUUCCGAACUUCUUCAGCAAAGGCAUCCCCAACGUGCUGCGCCGCACUCGCGAGCGCAUCCUGCGCGUGGCGCCGCCAUUUGUAAUGUUUUAUCUGAUCUACACGUGGGGGAACCAGGAGUUUGAACAGUCCAAAAGGAAGAAUCCAGCCAUGUACGAAAAUGACAAGUGAGCAGCACUCAUGUGGAUGACAGUUUCCUGCCUUUCAAAGACCCGUCUCUGGGAGAGAAGUCUACAUUGCGGUGUCUUGCAGACACAAUAAACUACUUACAGGCUU